AUGGUGGUUUUUGAUUCGGAGGGAGGCUUUGAAGUUGAGGAGGGCCCGGGAUUCAUUUUCACCUUGUGCACCGCACGAAACUACCAAAACGAGAAUCGUGAUGAAGAAAAUCGACGAAUUACGAUUGAGAAAUAUGUUAUUUAUCCAUGUUUUGCGCGGGCGCGCAUGGUGAUUUUGCGCGCCCGUUGGCAUUUUUGUUCGUUAUUGAUCGGAGUAAGUCACAAAUCUUUCCCAGAUGAAGCACCGUACUUUGCCAUGGCAACCUUAGUACCCAAGCUGGAAUGUCCUCUUGAGAGACAGAUGGCACCACCAAGAACAACUAAACCAUUUGCAAUCAACUUACUCGAAGGCCAUCUCUUGAGUUUCCUCGUUUUGGACCAGCAAGCGGCUUUUGAGUUUUCUGGAUUAUCCGUUUUGAAGAAAAAUAAGUUGCCACAACUGCUGACCAUAAAUGCUCUCACCUUUUGGAUAGACAAGCUGGCACUGGAGACUGAACUUAGUUGA